UACAGGGUACCAAUUGUACCUUGUUUGAACAACAAAUGAAGACAAGGAUUUGGUGAAAGGUCUAUAAGAUUUUGUUCACAUCGGAUGCUGGAAGGACAACGCAACCAGAACCAUGAUAGAGCUUGAAGGUACAACAGAUGUCCUAGAUGGGGCAUAUUACCAAAGAGAGAACGCCAUCAAUAAAUGCUUUACUGCAGCAAGAAACGAAGGACUUGAAUACUUUGCUUUGCAGGAUAACGGCAAAUGUUUUGGAGCACCAUUUGGUGACACGUCUUAUGAAAUGUAUGGAGAAAGUGAAGCCUGCGACUCGAAUGGAAUGGGAGGCCAAUGGGCAAAUGAUGUUUAUAGAAUCACAUUGGAAUUUGUUAACAUGGGCUGCUGGAAAGACAGUAGUACAAGGACCAUGACGCAGCUUGAAGGCCGUGCAGCUAUACUUAAUGGAUUUUAUGGCAACAGAGGAGACGCCAUUAACAAAUGCUUCGUUGCAGCCAGGAAUGAAGGGUUUGAAUACUUUGGUGUACAGCAUAGUGGCCAAUGUUUUGGAUCAGCAUUUGGUGACACUUCUUAUAAAAAGUAUGGAGAAAAAGAUAAUUGUGAUUUGAAUGGAGAGGGAGGCCAUUGGGCGAAUAAUGUCUAUAGAAUCAUAUUAGGAUAUCGACGAGUUGGUGACUGUUUUAUGUCACCACACCCUGGCCUGGAUUCUGUGGAAGGGACAGAUUCAACCCUUGAUGGUAAUCACACCAUGAGGGAUGAUGCUAUUGGGAAAUGUUAUACAGUCGCAUUGGACAACGGUUACCCAUAUUUCGGACUAACGGACGGUGGGUUAUGCUUGGCUGGGUCCACGUACAACAAUUCUGCAACUCCUUUGCCAAUAGCUGAUUGCGGAGUAGAGGGAGAUGGUGGGCCAACAUCAUUUCUAAUCUAUGAGAUAAUAAGCGGUCCCACAUCAACAACAGCUACUACACAAUCUGCGACAGUCCGAUCAAAUAUAAGUUCGCCAAUGAUUUCCACUACAGCAUCUACAAAUCAGUUGUACAGUGCGACAGUUACUUAUAAAUACCAACGUCCGAAACCUCGACAUUUUGAGCCUUCUGAAGCUAAGCUGGCACCUAUGUUAGGUAGCGUUUUAACGUUGAUGAUGGUGGCAUUAAUUGUUUUAAUUGUCGUUCUUGACUCUGCGCGCCUUUUCCGCGACACUCGUUUUUGUUACUACAACAUGAAAUAUGGAAUGAGGCGUUUACAAAACAGGACGCUGCUGGAUGAUGCUACAUCUCAAGAACGAGAAGAAACCACGUAAAGAAAUACUAGAAUUGUAUACUAUGUUAUUCAGAUGGCUAGACAGAAGAGUGAAAGCCAACGCCACCGUUACAGUAUUUAUGUAGUAUACAGGCCCGAAGUCAGUUUAAGCCAAGAGGUUCACUUUAAAAAAAUCAGGAGGUUACCUUCUCCGACAAUAGCACCCAUAUUUUCGGUCACAUUCAAGUCAGGGCUGUUUUCAGAUUACUGAAAUGAACUAUAUUUUUGGUCAAACAAGUUUUGAAAUGCUUAUUACCAUUUGUGAGUUG